AUGCUACUGCUGCUGCUGCUGCUGGCCCUGCUGUGGUGGAGGGAUGGGGCCGAGGGAUGGAGGGAGCCGGAGGAGGAUGACAAACAGAAUUAUCCACUGCAAAUGCAGGACUCAGCGACGGUGCAGGAGGGCCUGUGUGUGUUUGUGCCCUGCUCCUUCUCCUACCCUAAGAGUGGCCGGGCUUAUGUUAACUCAGCUCACGGCUACUGGUACCAGGAAGGGGCAAAACCACACCAGGAUGCUCCUGUGGCCACAAACAACCCAGAUCAUAAAGUACAGGAGGAGACCCGGGGCCGAUUCCGCCUCCUUGGGGACCCCUGGACCAAUGACUGCUCCCUGGACAUCAGAGAUGCCAGGAGGACAGAUGAUGGAAAAUACUUUUUUCGAGUGGAGAAAGGAAGUGUGAAAUAUUCUUAUACAAGUAACCAGCUCUCUGUGCAUGUGACGGCCCUGAACCAUACACCGAACAUCCUCAUCCCACAGACCCUGGAGUCUGGCCGCCCCAGGAACCUGACCUGCUCUGUUCCCUGGGCCUGUGAGCAGGGCACGCCCCCCAUCUUCUCCUGGAUGUCGGCUGCCCUCACCUCCCUGGGCCCCAGGACCAACCUCUCCUCGGUGCUCACCCUCACCCCACGGCCCCAGGACCAUGGCACCAACCUCACCUGUCAGGUGAAGUUCCCCACAACUGGUCUAACUGUGGAAAGGACCAUCCAGCUCAACGUCAGCUACUCUCCACAGAGCCUGACCGUCACUGUCUUCCCAGGAAACAGCACAGGAAAAGCGUGUCCUUUAUCAGGAGUGGCGCUGGGUGCAGUCUGGGGAGCAGGUGUUAAGACUCUACUCUUUCUGUCCUUCUGCAUCAUCGUCAUCAUAGUGAGGUCCCGCAGGAAGAAAGCAGCAAGGCCAGCGGUGGGCAUGGAGGACACAAGCAUGGAGGGUGCAAAUGCAGUCACAAGGUAAGUCUCUCAGGGUCCCCUGAUUGAAUCCCAGGAGAGCAGCUUCCCAGACCACCCUCCCCCAGAUGUGGCUGCCCCCUGCUCAGGGGAGGAAGAACAGCUCCAUUAUACAUCCCUCAGCUUUCAUGGGAUGAAGCCUCGGGAUCCA